GGCCAGCACGCGGCCGCUCUGCUAUCCCACAGUUCCAUGAGGUGAAGAUGGCGGCGGUGUUGGAGCGGAGCUACAUAGAAAUAUGUGGUUUUGAGAGGGAAACUCUACAGAGAUACCGAGAAAUAACAGUAAACCUCGGUCUUAGUGCACUUCCUGGUGGGGUAAAAUUCCCUGACAGCGCUGGAGGUUUCCACUAUGCGGAGAGUGGGAAAUUGUUGUCCAUCACCAGCAACAGAUUCAUACACUGGUCCACAUCAGGGGACACGGUGCAGCUUUUGGAGCAGUCUCUGGAUACCAACCUGCUCAACAACGCCGUCAAACUCAAGUUCACCCACUGUACCGUGCUGCCUGGGGGAGUGAGCAUUCAGGAGACCCUCAACAAUGUCAUCGUCCUCAUUGCCACCAACCAGAGUGUGCACCGCAUUGUGCUGCUGCACCCCACACGCAUGUACCGCAGUGAGCUGGUGACGGAGUUCCAGAUGCAGUCCAUCUUUGCUGACAUGGGAAAGCUCAGCCUGCAGGAUCCUACCCACAGUGCCAUCAUCCCCAUGACAACAGUGGGGCAGACAGCUGGCCCAAGUGCUGCCACAGCCUGGCUCAGCCACCGGGGAGAAGCCCACUACGCCCUGGCCUUACCUGCUGGUGGCAUCAUGGUCGUCACCUUUCCACCGCACAACACACAGGGGAGUGUGACGGCGGUGGAGCUAAAGAGGAGCUCAAUGAUGCAGCGGCUGGCUGGCUGGAUGCCUUCUGCCAUCCGGGGGGAGCAGAGUCCUGGGGACCUGGCCCUCAGCCUGGCAGUCAGAGAGCUGGAGGAUGACUCCUUCAUCUUUGCCAUCUGCCAGGAUCACAAACUACGCAUGUGGUCCUUCAGGGACCAGACCUGUCUGCUGGAGGCUGACAUGUUGGAGUACAUGCCCGCCUGUAAAGGCGUGAAGCGGGUGGCAGGUCAGGGCCAUCGGCUGCGCCUGGCCUUUUCCUCCACCACAGGCCUGUGUCUGGCCGUCUACAUGGCCGUCCCGCAGAGAGGACAAUUCACUGUCCUGCAACUGGUCGCCACUGACAGCAAUCGCUACAGCCUUGACCACAUCUCCUCGCUCUUCUCUACACAGGAGACACUGGUGGAUUUUGCCCUGACCUCUACUGACAUCUGGGGCCUCUGGGUGGAUGACUCCAACAGUACCAUCAUCAAAUACAUCAACUUUGAACACAACACAGCAGGCCAGUGGAACCAGGUGUUUGUUCAGCCGCCACCAGAGGAGGAGGUCCACAUAGGAGUGGACCAGGACCCCAGGGAGACCUACCUGGAAGUACUCUUCUCCCCUCUGCGCUUCACUGCUUCAGCCAUAGUUAAAGCUCUACAGAUCUACAGGAGAGGAUCAGAGAGGAUUGUUGACUUACCCUGGGAGACUCUGAAAAAAGAGGUGACAGUGGCUGUGGAGAAUGAGCUGCAGAGCAGUGUGACAGAGUUUGAGUUUUCUCAGGAGGAAUAUCGGCAGCUGCAGGUCGAGUUUUGGUCCAAGUUCUACGCCUGCUGCCUGCAGUACCAGGAGGCCCAGGCAAUGCCUCUGGGUCUGACCAUCAGCCCACACACUGCCAUGGUGUGCCUGUUCAAGAGGGGUUUUGUGUCCUUCCUCCUCCCCUGCUUUGCGGUGGACCACCUGUACCUCUCCUAUGAUGAGUACCUCUUUUCAGAGGAGGAGACACCUAUAGCUGAAGACCCUGAGGUGGGCCGGGACAUUCUUCAGCUGGUUCAGUGUUUGCGGCUGGUGAGUGACGCUGUGUCGGGCGAAAUGGCCUAUGAGAUGGAGAAAGCCCUGGAACAUUUACAGUCACCUGAGAGAGCUGCGGAGCUGGUCCUGGAAAACAUGCUGGCCAAUGACAACGACAACAUGAUUGAGGACAUCCAGAACAAACUGCAGGACAUCCGUAACCCCACUGCAGCUAUGAUUGUCCUGCUGAGGGAAAUGGACCUGGAGACCGACUCAGAGACCGGGGGGGACGGGCCCAUUGCACCAGGGCAGAGCCUGAAUGUGCGGAUCAGCCUGUCCCAGCUGUAUGGCAGCAGCACGGCGGUGACGGUGGUGUGCCAGGCUGUCUGCCACAUGGCCAUGACCAGAGCUCUGUUCUGUAGAGACCUGCUUAUCCUUCAGAAGCUAUACCUCCGCCUCGGUGACAACGUGUUUCUUGGUGGUGGGGCUCAGCUACUGCAGCUUCAGCAGGAUCUGAUUCCCCGGAGCUCCCACCUCCUGUCCUCCUACUACCUCCUCAAACACAUCAGCCAGAGUCUGGCCUCCACCGUCCCCAUGGACAUCAUAGAUGCCAACCUGCAGCACCUUUCAGUUUUGGAGCUCUCUGACUCCCCGGCCCUUGCUACCAACAGAUCAGUUCUCAGUCCCCAAACGGUGGUGGAGCUGUUCUACCAGACUGUAGCCAGGAAGGCCAUCAUCUCCCAGAUCUACAGCCAGCAGCAGAGCCCCUCACCAGGCAACGCCCUGCUGCACUGGCCCCACAUGGCCUCUAAUGUGGUCAACCUGCUCGCACAGCUCCUUUGGCCCAGUAACCCUGGUUUCCAGUUUCCUGAGUGUCUGAUGGCCAACUGCCAGUACACACAGUUGCAGGAGUAUGUGAGGCUGAUCGGCCCCUGGUGUCAGGUGAACGUCGGCUCCUGUCGCUUCAUGCUGGGCCAGUGUUACCUGGCUAAUGGAGAGGGUCAGAAGGCUCUUCAGUGUUUCCAGGAAGCAGCAACAGAGGUGGAAAAGGAGGAGUUUCUGAUGAGACUGACAGGAGCUGAGGAGGAAGAGGCUGCCUCUACCCCGCGGUUACAGUACUACAACAAGGUGCUGCGUUUACUGGAGGAUGUUGGUCUACCAGAGCUGGUCAUCCAACUGGCCACUUUGGCCAUAACAGAGGCCAUCAACGACGUCCGGAGUCAGGCUGCUCUGUGGACACGAAUAUUCAAACAUCACCUGGACCUGGGCCACAACAGCCAGGCUUAUGAGGCUCUCACUCAGAUCCCGGACUCCAGCAGGCAACUGGACUGUCUUCGUCAGCUGGUGGUCGUGCUGUGUGAACGCUCCCAGCUCCAGGACCUGGUGCAGUUCUCCUAUGUCAAUUUGCAUGACGAGGUUGUCAGUAUCAUCGAGUCUCGGGCCAGAGCCGUGGACCUGCUGGCUCACAAUUAUUAUGAGCUGUUGUACGCCUUCCACAUCAACAGACACAACUACAGGAAAGCGGGAACGGUGAUGUUUGAGUAUGGGAUGCGUUUGGGUCGCGAGGUGCGGACUCGCCUCGGCCUCCAGAAGCAGGUCAACUGCUACUUGGCCGCCCUCAACUGUCUCCGCCUCAUCAGACCAGAAUACGCCUGGAUUGUCCAGCCCACAUCUGGAGCCAUGUACGAGCGACCAGGCGCAUCACCAAAGAGGAACUAUGACGGGGAGUUUGCUGCUGAUCCAGUGAAACGUCAGGUCGACAUCCUGGAACUCAAGGACCUGGAGAAGGAGUACAUCCUGGCCCGCAGCCGCCUCACCUUGGCCCAACAUCACCAGCCCUCUGCUGCCAUCGCAGGCAGUGCCUCUGCUGUGGAGAUGGUGGCCCUCUUGGUCCAAACAGGACUGUUUGACUGUGCCCUCUCACUCUGCCAAACCUUCAAGCUCCCUCUGAUGUCGGUCUUUGAGGGUCUGGCCUUCAAAUGCAUCAAGCUUCAAUACAGCGGAGAGGAGGUGCAGAACGAAGCCUGGAACUGGCUGGCCGCCAACCAGCUGUCAACAGUCGUCAACACCAAAGAAUCGAGUGCCACAGAUGAAGCAUGGCGGCUGCUGGCCUCCUACCUGGAAAAAUAUCCCUCUCCCAAUGCCCAACACUACCGCUGUGUCAUCAACAAGCUGCUGUCCCACGGUGUCCCCCUGCCUGAUUGGCUGGUGAAUGCCUACAAGGCAGUGGACGCAGCGUCUCUGCUGCGGCUCUACCUGAACUACGACCUGCUGGAGGCAGCAGCUGAGCUGGUGCUGGAGUACGUGGACGCUCUGCUGGGGAAGGGACACCAGUACUUUGGGAUAGAGAGGCCCCUGUCAGCCACAACACCGUCAGUUUGGCUGCCGUACACAGCCAUCGACCAGCUUCUGCAGGCGCUGAACGAAACACAGACCAGUGCUGCUACCUACAACAAAGUGCGAGACAAACUGGACGACUACCACAAGCUGGUGCAGCAGACGACAAGGCGAAGGCUCCUGGCCCAGUAGAUCCACAACUUCCCAAGUCACUUCACACUGCCUGUAGCUGCCAAGACCUCAGUGACCCUCCAGAUACCACCAACAGGAACUAUAAAUAUUUUUAUACCAUUACAAUUAAAAAAGAAAUUUGUAUUAAAAUCAGUUUUUUUUUGUUUUUUUUUUUCUUUUCUUGUUUUGGUCAUUGUUUCAUUCAAGAAGACUUGGAUGUAAACUCCAUGGGAACCAUGGUGUGGUCGUACCUGUAUUUGGCCCGAAAAUAUAUUGUGUAUGUGUGUGUGUGUCAUUAGAACUUGAACUGUGUUCCCCACGAUGUAUGAAUGUGUAUUUUUUAUAGAAGCAAAUUGUAAUAAGCUUUUCUUUUUUGUACUCUGCCUGUGAUGUUUGCCUUCAGAUUUGUUGUAAAUUGUCAUUAAAUAUAAGUUUUACUUGCA